CGUAGCUCCUGCUUCGCGACUGAUCAAGGCGCAUCGACGUCGACACUCGCGACACCGCUCUCCCUAUCAACGCCCCGACUAUUAUAAUUCUAUCUGUCUUAACAACUUCAAUCGAAACGCCGUGAGUAAUACACGCGAUCACUACAGUCCUUCUCGAGACAGGAACGCUGCGCUUGGAGAUUCCGAGCACAAGUCUACGGCUCGAUCUUUUGCACCAAUGGCGGAUAUCGACGCGAGAGAAGAGCGUGACUUCGAUAGGCGUGGUACAGACAGCUACAGAGGUGGAGGAAACAAGCGUCGUCGCGAUGAUGAUGAUAGCAAUGCUUACCGAGAUGACCGUCGUGGUCCCCAAAGACGCCGCCGAGAAGACCCUCCCCGCCGUCGCUACGAAGAGCCGCCGUUUCCCAAGUUGCGACGCCUGUUAUUGAACGUCGCAAGUUCUACCAAAUUACCGCAGGACGAGGCCAUUGAUAUUGCGACAUAUUUUGGAGAGCACUACGAUGACGAGCGCCUUCGGUCUGACUUUUUCGACCUAUUCGUACAGCUUAUCGUCGAACAGCCCUUCAAGAUCCCUUUCGUCGCCGCUGUCGCCUUCUACGGAAACGAUGUGAAGCCUGAGAUUACAAUCGAAGCUAUGAGGCGCGUUGGCGAUCGCGCCCAGGAGGCGCUCAAUGCCGGCGAAUGGAAAGACUUCAAGCUGCUCUUGAGGUUCUUCGCGUGCUUACAGUCGUUAUAUCAAGAUGAUGGCAUCUUCAGCUUCCUGGGACAGCUUUUCGACAAGAUUGUCGAUCUUCAGAGCGAGGACGAGAAUGACGUUGUGGGCAUCGAGCUCGUAAAAAUCAUUCUCCUUACCAUCCCUUACGCUGUAGUCGCUGGCGGUGAUCGUUUUCACGACCAGGCUCAGCAGCUGUUGAAGAACACGGGCAUCGUGGCCGGCAAUGCACUUCCCAUCGAAAGUGUGAUUCAUUCAUACGUUGGGGACGACGAUGUUAAGCCCAUGGCUUACCACAGCGUUAUUGGCCUCUUGCAAGCCCAGCUUACAACAGAGGCAGAGUCUGGAUUCCCGCUUAAUUGCAUUCCACACUUUGACCCGGACGCGGUGCGCAAGUCUGUCAAGGAAGAAGACGCCGAAGCGCUACCUGCUGCACCUCCUACCCAUGCGUUCCCGACUUUCAGCAUCCCUUCGCUGAUCAACCCCGGCCCUCGACCUAUCUUCCCAGAAGCCUACUUCUCUCUGUUCGCGGACCAGGAAGCUAACACCGUCCCCAAAACGACGGACAUUGCUUCCUCGCUCAUCCGUGACGCCAUUGUCGAUACAGUCAAUCAGCUCGACUUCAACCGUGAGAUGGUUGCUAAGUUUCUUGUCGACGUCGACUGUUACUGGACAAUCGAUGUUUUUGCCAAGCGCGGAACACCGCUUGAUAAAUUCAAGGAGCUGACGGGAGAGAAGACCCAGUACAAGUCUGAAGAUAUGAUUAUUGACGCCAUUUUCUCGCAACUGUUUAAGCUGCCGUCUGCGGAACACAAGCUGGUGUACUAUCACUCUGUGAUCACACAAUGCUGCAAGGUCGCACCUCAGGCAAUUGCGCCGUCACUUGGACGUGCUAUCCGCACAAUCUACAAGAGUCUACCUGUUCUGGAUCUGGAAUUGGGCUAUCGAUUCUUGGACUGGUUCUCGCACCAUCUCAGUAACUUCGAAUUCCGAUGGAGGUGGACAGAAUGGCUCGAGGAUCUCGAACUGACCAAUUUGCACCCAAAGAAGGCCUUCAUCCUUGCCGCACUUGACAAGGAGAUUCGCCUUUCCUUCGCUAAGCGUGUCAGGUCAACACUCCCAGAGCCAAUGCAUGCGCUUAUUCCAGAACGCCUUGAUGAGGACAACAGCCCGGACUUCAAAUACGAUAACCAGGAGACUCCGUACGCCGCCGAAGGUCAGGCACUGCUGCAUCAACUAAGAAAGAAGGCGCCGCCCGAGGAAGUUCAAGCGACUAUCAACAAAAUCCAUGAGCAGGCUAUUGAGCACGGCAUCACGGAAGUGCUGGUUCCUUCAACGGAUGCGUUCGUUACAGCGAUUUGUCGACUAGGCGCAAAAUCAUUGUCUCAUGUGCUUUCCUGCAUUGAGCGAGGCAAGGACCGCUUGUUGGAGAUUUCUCAGAAUGAGGUUGCCCGACGCCAGAUUGUUGCAAGCGUAGUCGAGUACUGGAAGGAUCAGCCCGGUGUCGCCGUCAGGAUCAUCGACAUCCUUCUCAACUACACCAUCCUCGCGCCGAUGACCGUCGUUCAGUGGGUCUUUGGUAGCCAUCUAGGCGCUGGCGAGGCGCUGACUGAGAGCUGGGUCCUCGAGAUGGUCUCUAAUACAGUUGCCAAGGUCACAAAUCGCAACCGCCAGAUCGCGUCGGCGCGUAUCCAGAAGGGUCUACCUGCAGACCAGAUCGAGAUGGUGGACGCUACACUGGCCAAGGAUCGCGACAACGCUCGUGAGCUCUUCAAAUACAUUGAAGAUUCCACGCGAGGAGUCUCAGAGGGCUCAGCCGAUGUCUUAAUGGAGAAGAAGGCCAGCGGUGCUCUCUCUGAGGAUGAGGCGCAGCUGAUCCAGGCAUGGGGUACGCGCUGGCACCAGACAUUCCUGCGCAAAGCUCAAGUCGAGGAGUCAGUCGUCGGUGAGCAGGCGGUCGAGGCUAGGAUCAAGCUCCUUGAUGCUGAGCCAGAUGAAGGUGCAAAUGGCGAAGCUACCGAUGCCGAGGCGCAGAUGUCUCUCGCCUAGAUCCUCCCCACCCGAAGAUAAAAGUUAAUGAGUCAGUGCAAAUUAAGUAUGGAGUUGAAAGGAUCUAUAGCCGUUCACAAGAGGCGAGCUUGAACGGAUUCGUCAGAUAGGCUAGCUUACUGCAAUCCAAUUCGAACACAAUAACAGU